GUAACCCAGCUUCUACACUCUCCCGUGGGCUGACCGCUGCGGCGACGGCGAACCCUCGGGCGUGGACGGACGGCGGCGACCACCGCGCGUAGACGAGAGAGAUGGUGGUGAUCGAGCUCGAGCCGGAGCCGGAGCCGGGGGUCGAGGAGACGACGUGCCCCUCGUUGCCCCCGGAGUACGUGGCCGCCGCGGACCCGAGGACGGCGGAGGAGGACGGGGAGGAGGCCUUCGAGGACGCGCUCACGGACGAGCAGCUGCGGGAGAAAGCUAGAAGCCAAGCGAAUGAUGCAAAAGCAGAAGGGAACAAACAUUUUGGAGCUGGAGAAUAUGAGGAGGCAUUGUCCCAAUAUGAAAUUGCAUUGCAGAUCGCUUCCGAGCUGGAAUCUGCUGAAGAUAUAUGCUCUGCAUGCCAUUCUAAUCGUGCUGUAUGUUUCUUGAAAUUGGGGAAAUAUGAUGAAACAAUUAAGGAGUGCAGCAGAGCACUUGAGCUGAAUCCUUCAUACGUGAAAGCGCUGCUUCGGAGGGGAGAAGCACAUGAAAAGCUCGAACACUUUGACGAGGCUAUAGCUGACAUGAAAAAAAUAAUUGAGCUGGAUCCUUCAAAUGCACAAGCUAAGAAAUCGCUGUUCCGACUUGAGCCACUGGCAGCAGAGAAAAAAGAAAAAAUGAAGGAAGAAAUGCUGGCAAAGCUGAAAGAUUUGGGCAACUCGGUGCUGGGGCGCUUUGGAAUGAGCGUGGACAAUUUCAAGGCUGUUAAAGAUCCAAACACUGGUUCAUACUCUCUUUCGUUCCAGCAGUAGCACCGUGUAAUAAAAUAUACAGAUGAAUGUGGCUGGGAGUCUAUUGAGGGACGUCACUAGUGUCCUUUGAAUCAUGAUAGCGAUUGUGCAUGAGAAGAUGAACCGGCUGAAUCCUAGAUUAUUAUUAUUCUCUUUUGCUGUGUACUCGUUGCAAUCUAGAGAUGAUUUUGGUAGAAUCCAAGUGGAAGCUUGUAUGAUAUACGCUUAUACGAUGGCUGCCUGAGCACCAGGUUCUUCAUGUAAACAGGUCCUUGUUUCUUCUAUAAGAAUUGCCCUCUGUUGUACUCUUUCA